AUGACAGAAGAAUUGAAUUCAAGUCUUGACUCUAUAGAAUUAGAAAUUUAUCAUCGACCUAAUCCUAAAAUUCAGUCUAUUAUAAACUACUUAAGGAAAAUUGAAUUAAAAUUUUGUACUGAUCCUAGAAAAAAACAAGAAGAAUACAGAUCUCAAAAUAAUCAAACUCCUAAAGAUGAUUUUGGGUUGGAAAGAAAUAAAUUUUUUAAUAGAAGAUAAUCUAAUAAAGCAAUUGACUGUCACAUUCUCUGA